UGCGCGGAACCGAUCGAGCAGCGACAGCAUUCGCUAAAAUCGAGGGGUUACGUUACUACGACGUAAAGUGUGCGUGUUUCCGGAGGUCUUGGAAAAACGCCCUCUUAAAAAAAAGAGCAUACUACGAAGGACAAAACAGUCGUACAGCUAGAUUUAUUUUAGAAAAUAAAUAAAAACUACGUUUAGGGUUAGAGUUAGAGUUAGAUUAUCGAAUAGGCCACGCCUACCCGAUGACGCAAUAUUUGUUACGCUGUUCUGAAAUCCCUGGAAAUAAGUGCAUCCCGCGGAGGAGCAGGAAGAGGAAGAACAAGAAGCAGCAGCAGCAGCAGCAGCAGUAGAAGAAGAACCGCAAAAUUUUAUCGGAUAGUCUAUGUCCUAGGUCAAAUAUUGUCCGUUUAUUGAAUGUAUAGCUUUGUAUAUCGUUUACAUCAAAAUGCCAGCUGAAAAUCUGAGAUGGGAGACACUGGAAGCUCUGAAAAAUUCACCGAAAGCAAAAAUAAAAUACAGUCCUGACUGGCUUGAAAAGAGCGAGGACAUUUUAGCAGGUUGUAGAGAGGUAACCAGACUGUCCCCUCUCUCUGAACACGUUCUAAAGAGCUUCAGCCCUCAGUCUGUGAUGAAAAAUGGUUCCCGUACAUCAGAACAUGGCCUCAGCUCUGGUUCGGCUGCCUUUAAAAUAUUUCAUAGACUUGCUACAUCUCCAUUACUUCAUACUGUCAAAAAAGAGGAAUCUGAUGAUACAAAAGAGGGUUUGAGCCCCACAGUGGACAUUUGCAGCAGUUCACCAACACCAAUCUUCUCAACCAAGGCCACACAGAUGGCUGGCUGCAUCCGCAUCUGUGAGAAAAAACAUUGGGCUAAAUCCAAGUUAGAGCUGAACCUGAGGCAGGAGCUGCAGGAAUGUCUGGUGGCUGGUGUUGCUAGUCGGGAGUCAGAGCAGCUAAAACGCUUUGAAGAAUUCAUGGAGCUUAAGCAGAGAAAGGAGUACCAGAGUAUGAGGGACAUGAUGGAAAAGGAAACACAGGAAAGCCUUGGACGCCAGGAGAAGUUAAAGGAAGAACACAGACAUAGAAUGAAGAUCUUAAACCUGCGGCUUCGGGAGGCAGAACAGCAGAGGAUGAGAGAGGCGGAGCUUGAGCGGCAGAGGCAGCUUGAGGGCAGGGAUCGGUUGCGUGCACUCAAUGCCAUUCAAGAGGAGGUGCUUAGGCUCAAUCAGCUCCUGGAACCUGCACCUUACACACAAACAAGCCCCACAUUUGACUGCUCAUCUUAUGUCAGCCGUGGCAACCAGCUUUGUUCACAGGUUUCAGAGGUUGUACGCUCUACAACUGAAGGACAUUUUCCUUCAGUUGAUGACAUGAUGGUGGGAGAACGGGCCCUACAGGAAAUGAGAACACUGGUUAGAGCAAUCCAGGAGGAGCUUGCACAGGUACAAGAGAAAAAGAAGAAUGAGCAAGUGGAAGAAGAGUGCAGGAAGAAACAGGCAGAGAUGAAAAUCCAGGAAGAAGAAAAGAAGAAAACUGCAGCAUUAGCUGUUAAAGAGAAACUCAAAAAACAAGGUCUGCAGACUAUGGCUGAUGACAGCACCUUGAAAUGGUAUAAAGAUCUACAAGGUUUGGCCAGCCAAUGCACCCAGUACUUUGAAGAUUUGAACAACACAAAGGAUAUGAAGACAAAAAAAUUGAGAAUGGAGCUCCAGAAAGCUGCAACAAUUCCUGUGAGCCAGAUAUCCAGUAUUUCAGGUUCCAAGCUGAAGGAGAUUUUUGACAAGAUUGACCAAUUGUUAUUAGGACGACAAGUUAUCUUUGGUGGAAAAGGUAUUUCCACAUCCCAGCAUCCUUAUGGACUAGAAUUUGUGAGCUAUAAAUUGGCAGAAAAAUUUGUGAAACAAGGAGAAGAGGAGGUGGCGUCUCAUCAUGAAGCAGCAUUCCCCAUUGCAGUUGUGGCUUCGGGUGUAUGGGAGUCCCACCCUAAAGUAGGAGACCUCAUUUUAGCUCAUCUCCACAAAAAGUGCCCAUAUUCCGUUCCUUACUACCCCCCAAUGAAGGAUGGCACCUCCAUUGAAGAAUAUCAGCAGAUUCUGGGAUAUCGUGUGGAUGAGUCAGGGGUGGAAGGUCAGGACAGUUUCUUAAAAAGAAUGUCUGGAAUGAUCCGACUGUAUGCAGCCAUAAUACACCUAAGAUGGCCUUUCACUAAUAAACAAGGGAUUGGUCCCCAUAGACUGAAUCAUGGCUGGCGAUGGUUGGCUCAGAUGCUAAACAUGGAACCACUGGCUGACAUUACAGCAACUCUUCUAUUUGACUUUCUAGAGGUUUGUGGAAAUGCGCUUAUGAAACAAUACCAAGAGCAGUUUUGGAAGCUUCUGCUUUUUAUCAAAGAAGAAUACUUCCCCAGGAUUGAAGCAGUCACCGACAGUGGUCAGAUGGGUUCUGUAACAAGACUUAAGCAGUUUCUGGAGAACGUCUUAAGAAACAAGCAGAUUGAGCCACCAAAAGGACAACUGAACUCGGCCUUCUGGAGAUCCUGAGGGUUUUGAUUGUUGAUCUGACAACUUCCUCAAUACUUAUCGAAAAUACAUCAGGGAUACUAAGAAACUGUUUACACUUCAACAAUAUGUUCAAUAAUGAAGUAUAAUAUUCCUGCAGAUCCAUGACUGUUUAUCUGUAUCAUCUGUUUAUUAAUUUUUUUUUAAAGAAAUUAUUUUGGUGUACAUGUGCUAAAUGUAAACUUACUGGACACUUUGAUAGAUGCACAUGUAACUCUGGCCAUCCAUGUAAAUAUCUAGUCAGGCAAACGUGUUAGGUUCAUAUCAAAGAUACAAAUGUGAUGACAGCACAGGUUCACUGAAACUGGACAACUGUUUGUUUUUUGUCCAAAUUUUAAACUGUCCAAUUCUUCAGGCUUUAACUUUCUAGUUUUUCUUCUGAGCAUGAUUGUAAAAAGGGGUACCAAUAUACUUCCUGUCAGCUCAAACCAGUAUGGUGUUUCCCUUCUGACCUCCACAAGAAGACAUUUCUGCCUGCAGAUCUGCUGCCCACUGGAUGUUUCCCACCAUCACUAUUCAGGUGUUUAGCUCUUGGACAAGAAUGUCAGUAAUGAUGUCACAGGAUAACAUUGGAAAAUGUCAUAAAGGAAGUAUGUAGUUUUAUAUGUUUAUAGUUAUAACUACAUACUGCAUAAAAUGUUGAACUGAUGUAGAUGGAAAGGGAGGGCAAAAAAAAUCUGAUGAAACAUGCAAUCUGGUCCUACUGCAACGGCUCAAUAAUAAUAUUGUAUUAAUUUUGGUUAAAUACACUAAACUACAAAAGAUUUGGUUAGUGCACUGAUUAAAUGUCAAUAAAAAUUUGCAGGUAGUAUUUACAUGCUCCAGUUA